AUGAGAGUGAUAUUGGUCAUCUUCUUUGCCAUUUUUGUGGCAAACGCCUCACUUUUUAAAUUAAAUUACCCUAAUUCCAUCCCGUAUCAACCUUCAAUCUAUGAUUUGAGUAAGUCAUUUUUGUAUUUUACUGUGCGCUCUGUAUGAUUCUGUCCCCCAAAAAGGACUCUUCAGACCUACAACAAGCCUACCCUUGGCAAACAAACCCCAACCCAGGCAAUGGAAAUAACAAUGGAGGAUCCAGAACACCUCCUCGAUCAAGGCCACCGAGUCCCGUACGUGGUAAUAAUGGAGCUGUGGACGCGAAUGAUCUAAAUAAUCGACUGCAAGAUCUGGCCCGAGGUGGCUGGAAUCAAAGAUCAAGUCGAGGAGGAGGCUGGGGAAGUGGCGGAGGAUUCGGAGGCGGUGGAAGAGGUUGGGGAGGUGGCGGAUAUGCUGGAGGUAUUGGAUAA